AUGCUGCCGUGGCGGCGGAACAAGUUCGAGCUGCUGGCGGAGGAGCCGCGGCAGCCCAGCAAGCCCAAGGGCUACGCGGUGAGGCUGCACUGCUCCGCGCUCGGCUCGCUGGCCCGCGCCUGCCCCGAGGGCGCGCUGCACCGCGUGGGCAGCAUGUUCCGCUCCAAGCGGCGCAAGUUCCGCGUCACCAGCGAGGACCCCACGUACACGGUGCUGUACCUGGGCAACGCGGCCACGCUGCAGGCCAAGGGCGAGGGCUGCACCGACCUGGCCGUGGGCAAGAUCUGGGCCAAGAGCGAGGCGGGCCGGCAGGGCGCCAAGAUGAAGCUGACCGUCGGCGCGCAGGGCAUCCGCAUGGCGCACGCCGAGGAGCGGGGCCCGCGCCGGCCGGGCCACCUCUACCUGCUGCACCGCGUCACCUACUGCGUGGCCGACCCGCGCCUGCCCCGCGUCUUCGCCUGGAUCUACCGGCACGAGCUGAAGCACAAGGCGGUGAUGCUGCGCUGCCACGCCGUGCUGGUCUCGCGGCCCGAGAAGGCGCGGGCCAUGGCGCUGCUGCUCUACCAGACCUCGGCCGCGGCGCUGGCCGAGUUCCGCCGCCUGAAGAAGCGCGACGACGCGCGGCACCAGCAGCAGCAGCUGGUCGGGGAGCAGAGCAUCCCGCUGGUGCCGCUGCGCAAGCUGCUGCCCGGGCGCAGCUGCUACAAGCCGCCGGUGGAGCGCAGCCGCAGCGCGCCCAAGCUGGGCUCCAUCACCGAGGACCUGCUGGGCGAGGCGCAGGAGGAGCGCGCCCGGCCCUUCGAGUGCGAGGACAUCCUGGAGGCGCCCGGCGGCGCCCCGCUGCUGCUGCGGGCGGGCCCCGGCCGCCUGGAGGGGCCGGAGUUGACCCAGCUCAUCAGCGACCUGGGCGAGCUCAGCAUCGGCAACGACCUGCAGGCGCUGCGGGCCGACCUGCGCGUCACCCGGCUGCUGUCCGGGGAGAGCACCGGCAGCGAGUCCUCCAUCGAGAGCAGCGGCCAGGAGGGGGGCGCCGCGCCCUGCAACGGCCAGGAGGAGGGGGGCGGCCAGGAGCCUGAGACCGGCUGA